UAAUAUAUGUAAAUACAUACAUAUUAAAAUUAAUUUUGGAAAAUCAUUAUAUUUAUUUAUCAUAAAUAAGUUCAUAUAUACAAUUUUAUUGGAUUCAUGUAUUUCUCUAACCAUAAUUUAAUGUAUCUUAAAGAACAUUUUAUAUAAAUAUCUUCAAUUAAAAUAAAAUUUAAUGAAUUAUUACAUUAAAAUGUAAUAAGAAAUUUUUUUACUCACAUUGGAAACAUGAACUAUUUCCAACUAUUUAUUGCACAAUCUAUGUUUUAAAAGAUGUAUAAUUGUAAAUAAAAAAAAUUGUAAAUAGAUAAACUUGCAUUAUUAAGAAAAUAAUUCUUCCUCAAAUUCUUCUUCAAAAUUCGAAUUAAUUUUUAACUUCUUGGGACUACAACUUUCUUUUUCAUUUUCAUCUACCUUUUGUAUAUGUUUAUUUAAAGUACUUAUCUUAUUUUCUGUCCAAUCACUACUGGUGGAUGCUUUAGGAAUUAUGUUAUCAGUAAUAAUAUGAUUUGGCUUUUUGGUUUUCUGAAUACUUUUUGGACUAGUACUAUUAAGAGAUUUUUUUUUGCUAACUUUAGAUAUUGUAACAUUUUUUACAGCUUCAUCUUCUUUUUCUAAUUCUUCAUCUGUACAUGCAUCAAAGAUUGAUUCUCCAGUAUUUUCUUUCUCUUUUGUAGCAUCUGCUAAUUCUUUAAUUUUCUUUUUCUUCGAAUUUAAAACUAUCAUAAACUUCUUAUAAAGAUCUUGUUCCAUAGUACUCUUGAUUUCUAUCAUUUUUUCUAUUUUAGAACUUAAUUCUUUAUUUUCAUUUACUAAAUUUGUAUUUUCUUGUUCUAAUAUUGCUAUCUUUUCUUGGAUGUUUUGAAAAAAUUUCAACAGUUGUUGAAAACUUUUACAAAUUACUUGGAUAUUUGAAAUAGCAUGUAAUUUAAUUCUCCCGAGAGUCCAUGAGUUUCUUUUCCAUUCGAAAAUUUCGUCUUUGACAACAAAAUGAAUUUUUGUAUCUUUUCCACCAAGUAUUUGUUUCGUCUCUUCGACGUAUUCAUCAGACGAUUUAGACAAUUCGAAUUUUAAAGAUUUCCAUCAUUUAAAUUUAAAUUUCGGGCUUUUCCAAUUUGUACACUAACCUCACCGGUUAAUGGUGGUAUUGUUGAAUUUAACAACAUUAUCUUAAGACACAAAUUAAACCAUUCCACAUAAAGUGUAUAAUUCUUAUUAUCAAUUUUGUUAAAAAUUUCGUAUGCAGUUACUUCUGUCAUUGUAAUAAUAACUGUUAUUAAAUUGAUUAUAAAAUUAUAGGUUAUGUCAUUUAAAAUAAAAAAAUCAAUUGCAAUAUUAUGCAAUGUUAAAUUGCAAGUUAUAAAAAUUAAUGCUAGUAAAUCAAUAAUAAAAUAUAUUAAGAAAUAAAGUAUAAUAAGAAAUACAUAUUGCUUUUAAUAAGAUUAUGCAUCACUUAGGGAAAUCCACACAACAUUACAACAUUGUAAACUGACGUUUAAGUUUUCUGUAAUGGAUUGGCACUCUUCAACACAUGUAAUUUUAGACCAAUGAUUAAAAUCUUAAACGUCAACAUUCUACAUUGUCAACAUUAGAGUUUGGAUAAAUAACGUGAUGAUAAUGUUUAUGAAUUGAAUAGAAAAUAUAUUAACAUUGUGAGAUAUAAGUAUUAUAGUAAAAAUCAUGAUUGAGAUAACAGCAAAAUUAAUUAGAGGACCUGUAUAUUUUUCUGGUGAAGUUAUUGAAUGUUUAGUCACAUUUAGUAAUCCACCAAAUCCAAUUCAUCAAAUCUCCCAAAGUCACAGUGACAUUUUUGAGAGUCUUGCAUGGGCUAGUGCUCAGGUUCAUUGUCAGUGUUCUACAAACAGUAAAAUUGUUUUCUCAGAAAAACUAAAUAUGACAGCACAAUUAGCAGCUAUUAAUGCAAAUACAACCUUUGCACCAUGGCAGCAAGAUAAUGGUCAUGUUGUUCUAAAUACAAAACCAAAAAUUUUGUUUUGUGACUUAAGAUUAUCUCCUGGUGAAAAUAUUUAUCGAGAAACAAUUCCAAGUGAUGCACCUCCAUCCUAUAGAGGGCAUGCAGUAAAAUAUUCGUAUAAAAUUACAGUUGGGACACAAAGAGUGAACACAGCUAUAAAGUUACUUAGAGUUCCAUUUAGAGUACUUUCUUUAAGCGAAUUGCCUGAAGUAACUGCUUGUAAUGAUAGCGUUGAUUUGAGUCCAAAUAAUCCAUUCAUGGAAACACAACAUAGAGAUACUCCAUUAGACGUUGCACUACAGACUCUUCAGAAUUUAACAGCUAGACGCAGUCCAAACUUUUAUAAUAUUACAAACGGACGUGGACGUAUCGUGAGAUUUUGUCUUUUCAAAAAUUCUUACAAACUCGGAGAAGAUAUCGUUGGAACGUUUGAUUUCUCGAAUGCUACCGUUUCCUGCGCUCAAGUGUCUGUUGCGUUGCAAUCGGAGGAACAUAUUUCGGAGGAGUACAGACGAGGAAAGACUUCGACACCGACUUUAGUCAGUUACAAUAAACACCACGAAAUGUGUAUGGGUUUGAAAUAUUCUCAUUUGGUAUUACCUAUACCGUUGCAUGUAACACCAGAUUUUACUACUGAUUUAAUGACACUAAAGUGGAGAUUACAUUUCGAAUUUGUUACGACUUCUAAACUGGUAGAAGUGCCCAAUAAAAAUACUAUUAACUGGCAAGGGCCAUUGAUCUUGGAUGUUGAAACAAUGAUAUGGGAUUUACCUGUUCACAUUCAUCCAACAACUACACCGCCUAAUACGGCGCAACAAACAAGAUAUAAUAUAGUAAUAUAGCAAAUUGAAAAAUAUUAAGAAUGUUAUAUUAAGAAUUCGCAGACAUUUGUUAUUUUUUUAUCGACAGUUAUUUAGCUGUAAAUUUCUCGAACUAUUAAUAUAACAAUAAAGAUAAUGUAUACAAAAGUGUAAAUAUAUAAAUGUAAUAUACAUGAAUUUAUUAUUAUGUCAGAUCAUGUUUUGA